UCCCUCUCCACCCCCCCGACAAGGAUCUGUGCAUGUCAUCCAAACAGCACCUUCCCAUCCAUCCUGGGAUCAAGUAGCUCUCCGCGGUGGAUUUAUUUCUGGGGCUCCACGGAACGUGUCAAUUAAAAAGGGAUCUCUAUCUUCCUUAAAGGGGAAAUCGGCAGACUGCUAUCCGGAAUUACAAAGGGAGGGUGGUGUUUCCCUGACACCCUCGAUUCAUGUGUGCGCCCUCCUCCUCCUCCUCCAGCUGGCGUCCAGGAGGGUUGGGUGCUGCGGGGUGCAGAGAGAUGAACAGGUCCUGUUCUCGGGGGGUUGUGCUGUUGCUACUGGUUAUUGCAUGCUGUCUGCGCCCGGAGCUCGGCUGGGUUCACGGGACAAGGACACUGUGUGAAGAGUCCCAGUUUCAGUGUGGUAACGGACGCUGUAUUACUUCACUGUGGAAGUGUGAUGGUGAUGAAGACUGUGCAGAUGGGAGUGAUGAAAGCUCUUGUCUAAAAAAAACAUGUACAGAGUCGGACUUUGUCUGCUCUAGCGGUCAAUGUGUUCCUAGCCGAUGGGAGUGUGAUGGAGACCCUGACUGCGAGGAUGGAUCAGACGAAACUCCAGAGCUAUGCCAUGUGAGAACUUGCAGAGCCACAGAAGUUAGUUGUGGUCCUCGUUCAACCCAGUGUAUCCCGCUGUCAUGGCAGUGUGAUGGGGAAAGUGACUGUGACAGCGCGGAGGAUGAAGAGAACUGUGGGAAUAUAACCUGUAGUCCAUCUGAGUUCACUUGCUCCAAUGGCCGCUGCAUUUCCAGCAACUUUUAUUGUAAUGGCCACAACGACUGCGGUGAUGGAAGCGAUGAGAUGAACUGCACACCUCCCACAUGUGGGGUCCACGAGUUCCAGUGCAAGAAUUCAACUUGUAUACCGCUCAGCUGGGUGUGUGAUAACGAUCCAGACUGUGCUGACCAUUCGGAUGAAUCCAUGGAGCAGUGUGGACGGCAGCCAACCACUCUUCAGAGGUGUUCGCCUAGUGAAAUCCCAUGUGGCUCUGGAGAAUGCAUCCAUGAGAGAUGGCGCUGUGAUGGAGACGCAGACUGCAAGGACAAGAGUGAUGAGAUAAACUGUCCUUCCCGUACAUGUCAGCCAGACCAGUUUAAAUGUGAAGAUGGCAAUUGCAUUCAUGGCACUAGGCAAUGUGACGGUGUGAGGGACUGCCUUGAUGGCACAGAUGAAAUCCGCUGUAAAAAUGUCAACCAGUGUUCAGGGCCUGGUAGGUUCAAGUGCAGAUCUGGCGAGUGCAUUGAUAUACACAUGGUCUGCAAUGGAAUUAGAGACUGCAAAGACAGGAGUGAUGAACCAGCAAAGGAGUGUGAUAUAAAUGAGUGUUUGGUGAACAAUGGAGGCUGUUCUCAUAUAUGUCGGGACCUGGUUGUUGGCUACGAUUGUGAUUGUCCAGCUGGUUUUGAGCUAAUUGAUAGAAAAACCUGUGGUGAUAUUGACGAAUGUCAAAAUCCUGGAAUCUGCAGUCAGAUAUGUGUCAAUCUAAAGGGAGGCUACAAAUGUGAAUGCAGCAGGGGCUAUCAGAUGGAUCUGUCUACAGGAGUGUGUAAAGCAGUAGGCAGGGAGCCAUGUUUAAUAUUCACAAACCGCAGAGAUAUCCGGAAGCUUGGACUAGAGAGAAAAGAAUAUAUCCAAUUGGUAGAGCAGUUGCGUAACACAGUGGCGCUGGAUGCGGAUAUAGCGGCGCAUAGCUUGUUCUGGGCGGACACCUUUCAGAAGGCCAUAUUCAGUGCUCACGUGGACAGUCGCGACAAACUUGGAAGCCACUUCAAGGUGAUAGAGCACUUGCCAAGUCCUGCUGCAAUCGCGGUCGACUGGAUCUAUAAGACUAUAUACUGGAUAGAUUCUGGCUUGAAGACUAUUUCGGUGUCAAGUUUUGAUGGUUCCAAAAAGACAGUUUUAUUUGAUACAGGCCUGAAAGAUCCAUUAUCUAUUGCUGUUGAUCCACUUUCUGGGUUUAUUUACUGGUCUGACUGGGGAGAACCUGCCAAGAUUGAAAAAGCUGGAAUGAAUGGAAUUGACAGACAACAGUUAGUGACAACUGACAUCCAGAGACCCAGUGGAAUAGCCUUAGAUUUGGUAAAAAGCCGACUGUAUUGGCUCGAUUCCAAAUUGCACAUGCUGUGUAGCGUCGACCUGAAUGGGCAGGAUCGUAGAAUUAUCCUAAAGUCUUCAGAGUUCCUUGCUCAUCCACUUGCACUUACUAUAUUUGAGGAUAGAGUAUACUGGAUUGAUGGAGAGAAUGAAGCAAUCUAUGGUGCAAAUAAAUUUACUGGACAAGAGUUGGCAACUUUAGCUAAUAACCUGAAUGAUGCCCAAGAUAUUAUUGUCUAUCAUGAGCUGAUACAGCCUCCAGGUAGAAAUUGGUGCAAUGAAAUUCUGCCAAAUGGAGGCUGUGAAUAUUUGUGUUUACCUGCUCCUCAGAUAAACGAUCGCUCCCCUAAAUACACCUGUGUAUGUCCCAAUGGCUUUGAACCGUUUGAUGGCCGAAACUGUAGAAAAGGUAGUAAAUCUAUGGAUCAUACCAUUACUCCUACUGGAUUAUCCCCUAUUAAACCAGUCCUAGCUGAGGGUAACACAAGCUCAUCCGUGUACGAAGCAGAUCCAGGAACUAAAAGCUCUUCUGCUGCGUGGGCAAUCCUUCCUCUCUUGAUGCUUGUGGUGGCAGCCACAGGAGGCUACCUUAUGUGGCGCAACUGGCAGCGGAAAAACAUGAAAAGCAUGAAUUUCGACAACCCGGUGUAUCUUAAGACAACAGAAGAAGACCUUACGAUAGAUAUUGGAAGGCAUGGUGGAAGCGUGGGACACACUUAUCCGGCAAUAUCGGUUGUUAACACAGAUGACGAUCUCUCAUGAGCAUGGUCAUACAUGGUUGGCAUUCACCAUCUUCCUUCAGUCUACACUGCUUCAAUGGGAUUUUUGGUCUGUAUGGUAACCAGGCCAGUGGCUGAACAUACCCCACCCCAGAUCCCUGGAAGUAUGUGAAGAGGAAAAUGUUUGUGUGAAGCAGAGCUGAAUGGACACUGCCUACAGGAACCUCUUGUAUAUAUUUCUUAAUGAUAUAUUUGUUCAGCUCUUGAUAUGGUUACCAUCUCUAUGCGCCCCCCCCCCUCCGAACUCUAAUUUCUUUAUUUAUUUUUUGUUUGGUCAGUAUUAUGAAAUCCUUUUUUCCUCACAGGCCAGGUACUGUAUAAAGCACUUUCCAUAUGAAGCCAUAUCCCAGCAAUUAACCCCUUAAGUGCUGCAGGGCUUUCUCCCUCUGGCACUUCAAGGCUUAACCUUUUUUGUGCUCUAAUAUGUAUAGUGAAUACACCUGUACAUACUUUGUAUAGGCAAUUUGUACAUAUCUCCAAGAACACAAUCACUAUUCUAAAGCACUUUGAAGUAUUUUGACUGUAAAUAUGUAUCUGUACACUUUGGGUUUUUUCUUUCCUCCUUCCAAUGUUUGGGGCGAUGGCAAUAGACAAUAAAAAACGGGUUAUUCAUAUCAAAUUGCCAAAUAAUUUCUAAACGUAAAAUGAAGUUUUGUAUGUGCGAAUGCGGCUGUAUAUCUGUCUUGACUGUGACCUUUUUUUUAUAGAGGUGUGCAGAGGGUAAAUUCCCUGUGUAAAAGAACCACUGGCGAUCCUUUUCAGAAUAAAUACUUGCCUAUAUUGUC